AUGACUCUCCUAAAAAUCCAAGUCAGCAUGCACGAAGCGAGUCAACCGGGUGGAAUACUAAAAGACUUAAAAUGGUGGCAUUUUUCCAUGACGAAUCAUGAUUUUUUGCUCGCGGCUAUGAUUAUGUGUUUAGAUUUGAAUACGAAUCAAAGAACAGAUCCACGGAGUGGGGGCAUGAGUUAUUGUGCUGUUGCUGAAAGUAAAAAAUUAGAGGCGUUGAUCAGGGCGAGAGACAUUUGGAGGGAGGUUGAAGGGAAUUGUAAGGAUGCUAAAAGGGCAGUGGAUCUUUUGGGAAGUUUGAUCAAGAGGUUGACGGUAAAAGUACAAAAUAAUGUUGUGUUGAAUGUAAACCCGGAUUGUGUCAAACAGCCUCCUAUUGUUACGACUAUCAACGAGGCGAAUGCGGAAGUGAUUGGUAAUUCGGUACCAAUGUAUACAGAUAUCUCUGUGCCGAUGAUUUUCGCGAACCAGGACGAUAGCUUCAAUGAUAUAAGUAUGAUUCCAGAAAAUAUGUUCGAUACAGGAGGAAUUUUUGGAACCUUUGAGAACAAGUCGAUGUACCGGGAGAUUUUGAUUGGGUGA